AUGCCUUCUGGAUAUGCAAGCAACAGACUAUUUUGGAAGACUGAGGCCCCCCUCGUGAACGAGCAUCCUAUGAUCAUCUUCAUUCACGCUUCAUGGAUGUCCACAACAAUGUGGGAUGAGACGGUCCAGCUUCUGGCACCAAAUUUACCCAACAUUAACCUCGUUCGAAUCGACCUUGCCGGCCAUGGCAAGACUACCUCCAGCCGCAACGAGUUUAGUCUGUGGGACCAAGCCGAAAAUGCCCUGGCUCUUCUGAGAGAGUUCAACCUCAGUAAGGUGAUAAUCACCGGGAUCUCCAUGGGCAGCGCGAUCGCCAUCCGCAUGGCGCUACUUGAUCAGAGCAGAUUCUCUGGCCUUAUCCUACUCGCCUCUAGCGCCAAAGAGAUGACGGAUGCGCAACGCGACUCAUUCAACCAGCUACGCGACGUGUGGAUAUCGACACCCACGCCGAGCGAGCAGAUCAUGAACGCGGCUAUCCUCAGCUGGGGCGGAAACCCCGAUCUUAAUGGGCCGCCUGCCAUGCGAAUCAAGAAGCACUUGACCGAUCGGCACUCGGGCGCAGAGAAUAUCGAUCCAGUGCUCAACUCAAUUAUGCGAAUGGAUUCUGUCCUGGGGCGGUUGGGAGAGAUCCACAUCCCGGUGUUGAUGAUCCACGGCGAGAAUGACAUGAACUAUUCGUUGCAGGAUGCGAAGGGCAUCCAGCAGCGACUCGUCAAUGCUGAUGCUCGUCUGGAGGUUAUCAAGGACGAAGGCCAUCUGGUCGUUCAUCUGAGGGAGGCGUCUGAUGUGGCUGGAUGGAUGCAGGAAUUCGUAAAGAGGAUUGUGACAUGA